UAAAUGACUUGUCCAUGGUUACACAGCUAGCUCACCUCCAUGGCCUUCCUGAUGUCCCUGUCCGGUGCCUCAUCUUCCUGAAUGGCCGGAGGGAGCAUUCCCAGCUUGGAGACUCCAGCUCUGCUGGUGAGGGACAGAGGGCCCUCGAUUCCAAAGGUGUUCCCACGGAGAUGGCAAGUUCCUCUGGCUCCUGGCUCUCCAGCUGCCUCGUGGCACUUAUGUUCCUCUGGCUGCCCCUGCCCUUGUCAGGGGACGCCGACGACUACCACCUGGCCCCACUAGGGGGCACAGCCGAACUGCCCUGCCCCAUCCCCCUGUGGCCGGUCACCGUGCCCACCGCGGUGACGUGGCUGCGGUCCCCAAGCCCGGACCGCUCCCAGGUCGUGCACGUGUUCCGCGACGGGAGAGACCGGGAGGAAGGCGUGAUGCCGGAAUACAAGGGGCGGACGGCGCUGCGGAGGGACCCGAGAGAGGGCAGCGUGUCCUUGGAGAUCCGCCAAGUCCGGCUGGAGGACCGAGGGCUGUACCAAUGCGAGGUCCAGAUCGGAAACCUGACUCGGGACGGCACCGUGACCCUGCAGGUGGCAGUUCUAGGCUCCGACCCUUACAUCCACGUGAAGGGCUACGACGCUGGAUGGAUCCAGCUGGUGUGCAGGUCCGCGGGAUGGUUUCCACAGCCCUUGGCCCAGUGGAAAGACCCUCAAGGCAGAGUGCUUCGACCCCUGUCGGAUGUCCAUGUCCUGGAAGCUGGGCUCUUCCGGAUCGCGGUGUCCAGCAGAGUCAGGGACAGCACGCUGGGGAACGUGUCCUGCACCGUCCACAAUUUGGCCCUUGGCCAAGAGAAGACCACAGCCAUGCUCAUAGCAGCCCCUUCUCCAGGGAGGGUCUCCUCCUCAACAGUGGCCCUUGCUGUCAUCCUGCCUGUCCUGGGGAUUCUCAUCAUCAUGGGCAUUUACCUCAUCUGGAAGCAAAGAAGAUCAAAAGAGAAGCUUCUCUAUGAACAGGUGAUGGAGGUAGAAAAUCUUCUCUCAGACCACGCAAAAGAAAAAGGAAGGCUCCAUAAAGCCCUCAAGAAACUUCGGAGUGAACUGAAAUUGAAAAGAGCUGCGGCGAACUCAGGCUGGAGGCGGGCGAGGCUGCACUUUGUGGCAGUGACCCUGGACCCAGACACAGCACAUCCCAAACUCAUCCUGUCUGAGGACCGGCGACGUGUGAAGCUUGGAGACAGAAGGCAGCCUGUGCCCGACGGCCCCCAGCGAUUUGAUUUUGUUGUCAGUGUCCUGGGCGCUGAGUACUUCACGGCAGGCUGUCACUACUGGGAGGUGGACGUGGGAGACAAGACUAAAUGGGCCCUGGGGGUGUGUAGUGAGUCUGUGAGCAGGAAGGGGAAGAUCACUGCCACGCCUGCCAACGGACACUGGCUUGUCCGCCAGAGUAGUGAGAAGGAGUACGAAGCUCUCACAUCCCCGCAGACCACGCUGCGCCUCAAGGAGCCCCCGAGGUGCGUGGGAAUUUUCCUGGACUAUGAGGCAGGCGUCAUUUCCUUCUACAAUGUGACCAGCAGAUCCCACAUCUUUACUUUCACCCACACCUUCUCUGGCCCCCUUCGCCCUUUCUUUGAGCCCUGCCUUCAUGACGGUGGGAAAAACACAGCACCUCUAAUCAUCUGCUCAGAACUCCAGAAAUCAGAGCCACCAACUGGCCGCAAGCCAGAAGAAAAAGGUCAUGCGAAUGGAGACGUGACCAUGAACGUGGACCCUUCCUUAUUCCCCCCUCAGGCACCAGAGAUUUUCCCACCCAGGGAUAUGAUCCUGCCCUGGCCCUCUGACCUUGCCCCAGCCCUUCAAGGUCUCAAGGUUCCUUCUUUUUAGGGCUGUUCCUCAUUACCUGCUCCCCUGAUGGUCCAGCGCCCUGCCCUGGAUUUCAGUCCGCUGGCCCAACAACUGAUUCUGAAACAUCCCAUCUCCUUUCCCCAGAUCUAGACCUUGUCAUUUCGAAUCACACCACCUUCCACCCAGCGCUCAGUUCUAAACUCUGUCAUCCUUCCGGGAUUUAAAGCUCCCAUUGCUCUGGAAGAAUUCUUGAAAACCAACCAUCAGAUUAGGUUUAGUGGAUGAUGGAAUGGUGAAAUGUGUGUCCCCAAGAUACAGGGGUCCUCUACUCGAGGAGCUAGUUAAAGGAACUUCACCCUGCCUCAUCCUGCACUUGACCUUUUAGUCAUGAGGUUAUGGUGCCCGGUCCCUGACUUCUCUCUUAUUCCCUCCAGGAUGGCUUUUUUCCUUCUCUCAGUGCAGGCCUCUAGCUCCUUUGGGUCACACGCUCUUCCUUCUUCUUCUGGAAUAUGGGAUGGGGAAGUUGGAAGAGUAAAACAUGCCCUCCCUUUCUGUUUCCUUGAUGCUUGUUUACAGUAUAGUUUCCUGCCAUCCAGAGCUAAUGUACACGUUUUCAAAGCUAACUUACCUAUUGAUGCUAACCAGGUACAGGGAUUUUAAGUGUGGUAGCCAUAAUCCCGAAAAGCCUCAAGAGCACGGACAGGGAGCUGGGAUGCAGAGCUUCAAACACAGCAGCCCAGCUGUGCGUGGCCUUGGAAAGACAGGCGUGGAUGAGUCUGUCAGCUACCCUGGUCCUUUCGAAUCUCCUCCCGGGAUUUAGAGAGGUCCAGCUAGAAAAGUGGCAGUUCUGACCACCAGUGUAGAGGCUAUUUUUCCCCAUAAGCCCAUUAUCUUAGAAGACUUGACUACCUGUGUAGCAAACAGCCUCUUAGGUGAGAGUACUGAUUUCAAAUAGGAAGUUGGUAGCUCCUGUGCGAGGUUAAAACAUUGAACCUCCUUUUUUAGUGUGGCUUGCAGAACAAAUCCUCCUCACUUUGAAGUCAUUCCCGUAUGUGAUCUGGCCUCUUUGUAGAGAUACUGGCUGAUACCAGUUCACAGAUGAGUACACAGUUCUACCCAAUGGAAACUGGAUCUUUCUGUCUGAAGUUCUCUCUGUUAGCGCUUGUCAUAGUCAGGGUCCUCCAGGGCAAUAUAUAUUUGUUAUAUUUAUAUGUAUAGAGAUUUGCUGUAAGGAAUUGGCUCACAUGAUUAUGGAGGCUGGCAUGUCCCAAGAUCUGCAGGAUUAGUCAGAAAGCUGGAGACAAAGGGGAGCUAAUGGCAUAGUUCGUUUGAUGGUUGACAGGCUUGACACCCAGGAAGAAUCAGUAUUUCCAUUUGAAUCUGAAGGUAGGGGGAAAAAAAAGUCAAUGUCCCAGGCUAAAGACCCUUAGGCAAGAAGAAUUCUCUCAUACUAGGGGUUGGGUUGCUUUCUGGUUGUAUUCAAGCCUUCAGUUGAUUGGAUGGGGCCCACCCACAUCCGGGAGAGAAAUCUGCUUUAUUCAUUCUACCAAUUUAAAUGUUAAUCUCAUUGGAAAACACCCUUCGCAGAAACAGUCAGAAUAAUGUUUGACCAAAUGUCUGGGCACCCUGUAACCUGGUCAAGUUGAUAUAUAUGUUUAAUUAUCACAAUG